AUGACUGAUAUCAAUGAACCGUGUCGCACCCGCCCACAAAAUGCGAAUAAACACCCAGGCUUACCCGACCUGGAAGGGCAAAGUCAGCGACGUUCUCAAGCCAAGAAGAAGAACACCAAACUCCCCCAGGAAACCCAUGAAGCUCAAGAACUGGCCGCGGUUGAGGGUUUGCAGCGGCUGUCUGCCAUGCAGGAAGAGAUGAAGAAGGCGAAGGUGCAAAGCAUGACAAAGAAGCCAAAGGCAGUAAGGCCCCAUGCUCGCCCUGUCAAGAAAAAGUCAGAGCCUGCUGCUCAAGCAGAUAAGGCACUCCUGGGAGUAGGAACUGAUACUGUGGCCAGUGAGCGCAUGUCGCAAAUGCUGCGUGAUACUGACCCAGGCGAGGAUGUUGAGGCUCGGUCUCGAGAAAAUCAGAAGGACGAUGGAAUCAAGACAAAGAAGAAGACUGAGAAGGACACGGCUCUUGCAGCUCAGUCAGGGGCACGUGUUGAAGACAAGAAAGGAAAGUUGAUGACCAAGUCCAAGUUUUCAUUAGGGAGGCGCAUCCAGGGUUGGGUUAAAGAUGUUUCACCAGACCGUCACGGGACUGACUUUAGUGCACGAGCCAUCAACUACCAUCUUCUUAUCUGGCUCCCACCCUAUGUCCGCAACAAUUGUGACCACAGCUCCGGCCAGCACAAAAUCCCACCUCAGGUUGUCGCUAAUUCUUCUCAAGCUCUCAUUGGUGGCUUUGGCGAUGAGCUUUUUGAUUCAGAGGAUCGCUCGGACAUCCUUCCAAAGCCAUCCGCACUUAAGAUUAUAGAUGUGCCUACUGAGCUGACCGCGGACGGGUCACUUCCAAUGGAGGGCUUGAAGGAUGACAUGAAGGAUUCGGAUGAUGCGUCAACUGAUGCGGACAAUGAUGCACCAACCGAUGCGGACAACGAUGCAACAAUGGAUGUCAAGGAGGAUAUGGCUGAUAAGUCUCAGGAUAGCAGUGACAGCCUGAGCAGUUUCGUAUUCUGUCGCUCAAAGAACAGGAUGCACAACGCUGUGGACACCAAACACUGUGUCCCAGUCUUCAAGGAUUCCUCAGACGAGGAUGACGAUAUUGAGGUUCUCAACAUGGAUCAUAGUAUGACGAAGCCUACAGGCUUCGUCAAAACAACCAAGACAGCAAAGAAGGCUGUACGUUUGACGUCUCCCACUUCUGUUGGCGUCUCCAAGUCAUCCACUACAAUGCAGCCACCUGCAAAGAAGGUCAAAACCGAAGAUGGGGCUGAUGAUACUAUACCAAAAUCAACACUUACAGCACCGCCUGGCUACUGGAUCGAGAAGCAGUACAAGUCCCAUUCAGCUUAUCAAAACUGUGAUCUUCCCCCUCAAUGCCAGGAUCAAUGA